CUAGCUGACUCUCCUCCAGGAUUUCCAGCGUUCCUUGCAGAGCUUUCUUGCUGCUAUAAUAUGCGCUCUUUGGACUUAUUCCUACAUGACAUGGAACAUUUGACGGCUGCGAAGACUGUCAUCGAAUACCUCGCAAACCUGCUCAAACCUCUUCCCAUUGCCGAAGUCGGAAUCGCACUACAUUCGCAGGGUAUGUCACUGUUCGCCUCAAGCAACUAUGGCACUCGUGGACCGGCUGCUGCUUUACGUGCCUUAGACACGCUCCUCUGCAGUUUUAGCCGAUUACGUCGUGUCACGAUCAGGCAGACGCUAGCAGGUUCCAAUCCUCCCAUUGGCAAUCCGCGUUCGACAGAGCCCGUAGGAGGCUACGUAAGGUGCGAGGGAGCCGCGAUGCUGUGGAGAAAUUUGCCGGAGUUGCGGAAACGUGGCAUUCUUCGGGUCGAGUGAAAGACGAUAGUUGGCUGCGGACGUUCCAAUAUAUCAAGUUUACUCGUUCUAGUUGUGAUGUAAGUAAGGAUUCGGAUCUGCUGUUGUCAAUGUGAAAUUGC